AUGAAUAUGGACGCCUCCGCUGCCUAUCAUGCUACGCUCAUCUUGAAGUCGCUGAGGAAUUGCGCUAUCGGUCAGUUCUGUCUUGCGACACCGUUUCUCGCCUUCGGACACUGGCAGGUGCUAAAAUUGAUCAAGUACGAUGUUGUCCAUCGGGUCGUAUCCGUUGCGAUGGCGCGAUCCGAGAGAUCUUAUCAGCGAGGUACGUUGACACCGCUGACAGAGGUAGCCGUGUGGUCCUUUGAGGCAUCCGGAAAAGCCGGUCGUUAUCUCUGUGUUGUGGCAGCACAUGGCAGCAGCGGCCGCUCACGUCGGGCACGGACUAUAACCGGGCGACGUCCUACCGAUUCCGAAGAAGAACUGCGCAGACGUCGGACGCCAAGCCUCGGGUCGAGGGUUGCCGGAGGGUUGCAGGGCGCGAACAUCAGGAUCAGGAAAGGAGCGGGACGAUGGAGACAGGGCAGCGGAGAACGCAUUGGAAGAGAGAGGACGCACCGAGUGAAUUCUACGUGGCGGGAUCGUGCGCGGCGAUGUGCCUGGCAUUGGCGCGCGAGUCCUCCCGGCCCUCGCCGCUGGGCGUGCGACCUUUCGGCGUCGGAACGGGAGGAUGCGAUUUGGCACCAAAGGCCGACGCCGCCGUCGCCUUACGGUACGCCUCCCGACGCUCUCUCUCCAGCGCUAAGCUCUCCGCCACUCCCUUCGCCCGCCUCGUCAUGUGCGCUGCGUCUGGAAUUGGCUGCUCCUAUGUUCGUCUCGUGUCUCGUCGAUGUGCUCUCGCCCAACCAUUUAGUUCCGCCUGUCCUACAAAUGUCGAGCGGGACUCUGCUUGCCUCGACUUUUGAUUGCGUAUCGCAGCUCGUCCAAGCGGAUGUGGGCCGCGCGCACUACGCCAAUGACGUUCUCGGAGCCUAUCCUGUCCAAUCACAAGGCCAACGUCAAUAA